CCUCCUGAAGGCUGAAUGUCUGUUGCCGUGCUACCAGACAAAAUAACUCUGAGUGCUUUGUUGUUGUGUUUUGCAGGUGAAGAUGACAAGCUGAUCCUAUGUGAUGAGUGCAAUAAGGCCUUCCACCUGUUUUGUCUGAGGCCGGCAUUGUAUGAGAUUCCAGAUGGAGAGUGGCAGUGCCCGGCCUGCCAGCCUGCCAUGUCCCGACGAAGCUGUAGAGGCAGGAAUUACACUGAAGAUUCAGAUGAUGAGGACGAUGGAGAAGAGGGGGAUUCGGAGGAGGAGGAAGAGGAGGAAGAGGAAGAGGAGGACGAGGAUUAUGAAGUGGCUGGAGUUCGACUACGACCCCGAAAGCCAGCCCGGGGCAAGCAUGGUGGCAUCUCCUCCACUUCAAGGCCAGGCCGUCGUGCAGGCAAGAAGUUACAUCCUUCCAGGAGACCCCGGCAGAGGGCCCUGCCAGGAGAUGAGGCCGAAGUUGAUGAGCUGGUGCUUCAGACCAAAAGAGGCUCAAGAAGGCAGACUUUGGAGCUGCAGAAGUGUGAAGAGAUCCUCACCAAGCUCAUUAAGUUCCGAUUCAGCUGGCCUUUCAGGGAGCCUGUGACCACAGAGGAGGCAGAAGAUUACUUCGAGGUCAUCAGCCACCCCAUGGACUUCCAGACGAUGAAGAAUAAAUGCUCGUGCGGCGCUUACCGCUCGGUGCAGGAAUUCCUGUCCGAUAUGAAGCAGGUGUUUGCCAACGCGGAGCAUUACAACUGCCACGGCAGCCACGUGCUGACCUGCCUGGCGAAGACAGAACAGUGCCUCGUGGCCUUGGUGCACAAGCACCUCCCGGGCCACCCGUACGUCCGAAGGAAGCGCAAGAAGCUCCCCGACCAGCCCUUGGAGGGGGAAGUGGGAGACAGUGACCCAGAGCCGCCGGGACAUUCCAGGGGUCGGAAGAGGAAGAAAUAAAAGGAGGCUGGGACGGUGUCCAGAGUGGCGGUGAGGGCAGAAGACUGAGCAGGCCUCCCAGGGAAUGGUUCACAGGGAGGGAGAGCGACCCUUCUGAGGCCUCUCCACCGCCGCCGCUGCUGCUGCCGCCGCCACCACUACAGAGAGAACUGAGCGCCUGCUUCCAAUAUAAUACAUGUUGUUAGGCAAUGUUGGUACUAGGUUGGCUUCUGUGCCCAGAGUGAUCUCGAGGGAUGGAAGGGGGCUGGGGACGGGCACUCUUGCCGCCAUGUUAAAAUUGUUAGGAAGUCGGUGAAAUGCCAAGGUGUUCCCUGGGAAUCCUGUGCCCCUUUGCUGAGAGUUCUCUCCUCCUUUCCAGCCCCUGGGGGGCUACCAUAGAGGGCUUCGAAGCCUUCUGCAGCUGCCUGCAGAGCCAAGCCCCACCUCUUAGUGCAGGGGAGGGAUUGCUUUGCUACACAGGACCAAGAGUAACCAGGCCGGUGGGCUGUUGAUUUUAAAAUAUAUAUAUAUACACACAUACAUAUAUAUAUAUAUAUUUAUAUAUGGUCUUGAUUUUUUUUUGGAAACCCCCCCCAUCUUUUUCUCCUGCCCCCAGUAAAAUUGAGUACAUCCCCCCAUUCGGAGGUCAGUUCAUUUUUCACCAGCAUCAUGAGAUAAUUUGGCUUUGAGGUGAUCUUGGUGGGCCUGAGGGGACGUCCCCUUCCUCCCUCCACCCCCACCCCGUCCAGUUGAGGCACUUCACUAUUAAAAAGACUGGAGGUUCCUGCUCCCGUAGUUGGCUUCUAAUCAUGCAGCCAGUCCUUCCCUUGGAUGAAUCUGGCCGGAGGAGGGACAUUGGCCCUCAGCCCAUCUCUCAGCCAGACAAGAUUUGGGGAGCAGAACAAAGCAGGAAGAAUUUGAACUUGUAACUUUUUUAAAAAUUGAUUUUUCUAGUUAUUAAAAGUUGCUUGUUUCAGCAGUGAUAUUGUAUAAAGGACACCUUGUAAAAUAAUUCUGUCGUCUUGCUUUGGCACAUGUACAGGACAAUUUAUAUGAAAGCCGUGUUUGCUUAAUCCUCGUCUCCCCCUCCCCAGCUCGUUGAAAGCCAGAAGGGUUGGGGGGGGGUCUCUAGUCUUGGCUCCCUGACAGCAGUGCUGCUCCCCCCAGUUCCUUCCUCUUGCCAAGUAUGGAGGCCCCAGACUCCAGCUUGGAGAGUCUGGGAGGAUUUCAUUGGCCCCAGAAGGGGAGGGAGAACCGGAUGGAGAGCCUUUUCCUGGGUGAGUCCUUAGCCCCUAGUUGUUGUACUUAGGCAAAACUUUGUAGUCCCGAUUCCCUUUUGUGGCCAACUUUGAUAAAAAAUACAGAACAGGGUUAAAUUUUUUCUAUCAAGUUUGAAUUUGGAAACUGAGCCAAACAGCUCUAAUGUACCUAUUUAAAUAAACCCACAAAAGUGAUGUAACUCCUAGGAUUUGAGAAUAAAAUCUUUACUACUAAACUGCAAGGUGUGUGUCCCUAUAUAUCUUAUCUCGGUGGCAGAGAAGGAUGUGGGAGGGACUUGCUCGGUGGCUGAUGGGAUCACUUGCUCCCAGCUUUCUCUUGUCUAGACCUGGAGCCAGUGACACCCUCCACAGCCCUGACCUCCACCCCCGAAGGCCCAGCUCUUCUUGUUAAAUAUUGAGCAUCUGAGUUGCUUCAGUGCCGUCUGAAUUGUAUGUUUCCUUUUUUGUUUUUAAAAAUUGUCAUUCAGGAGGGAGAGGGCCUGCCGAAGACCAGGCUUGUAAUAAAUUGGAAUUUCAAACAAUAAA